CGAGAGCGAGGGAGCGGCGGAGCGAGAGCGAGGGAGUGGCGGAGUGAGAGCGAGGGAGUGGCGGAGUGAGAGCGAGGGAGUGGCGGAGCGAGAGCGAGGGCGUGAGAGAUUGAUGGAGCGAGAGCGAGGGCGUGAGAGAUUGACGGAGCGAGAGAGCAAGGGAGGAGGGAGAGGGAGGGAGAGUGAGGCAGAACGGGUGAGAGGGAGGGAGAGUGAGGGAGAACGAGUGAGAGGGAGGGAGAGUGAGGGAGCGAGGCAGGGAGAGCGAGGCAGGGAGAGCGAGGCACUGUUCUUAAAAAAUGAGAUCUGGAAAAUGAAUAGGUCUCGGUCCUCUGCUCGCCCGAAGCCAUAA